AUGAACAAAGUUUUAUUUUUAUUCCCUGUCUUACUUUUGAUCGGAGCUGGAGUCUACUUAUUCUAAGGACAAAAGAGUAACCUUGAAAACUUAGUUCCUGUUAACUUCUAAUAAUAUAUUAAUUGCACUAAGAGCCUUCCUAAUCCCUAUCCCUACUUUCCCUGCUCUCAGGACUCAGGAUUCUUUGAUGCAUACAAACAUUUCAUGGCUGCAACUGAUUCUCCUUAAGCUCCUUAAGCCUGCAAAGACUACUCUGUUUAUAAAUAGCAAAAUAUUUAAACCACCAAUUUGAUUAACCAAAACGAUUACUUCUUCAAUUGUUAUAUUACUGAAGAAGUUAGGUAUAUUGCCAAUUUCAAUAAAUGUUUCUUUAAGUAUUUUUAUGCUCCUUACUUCCUUACUUGCAGUGGUUUUGACAUUUAUGCUUAUCCUCCCUACACACCCUACUCUAUUGAUAAUUGA